UGUGGUAAUUAGGGGGGAAAAGAGAAUUUGAAGGACACUGACGGACUCCUCGUGUUUCUGGGCAGAGGGCGCACAUGGUGUGUGAUUUGUUUUCAUGAUGUUCUGUGGGUAUGUUCAAGCUUGUAAAUAUAUUUGUAUUUUCAUCUGUGCUGUUUGUUCAGUGGCAUGGUCCUGUUAUAAAAGGGCCAUGCCACUCAAUCAUUGGCUUUCGAUCAUUUUUGCUGCAGAGGUAAAGGUACAGGUGCAGAUUAAUAAGAUUUAGCUAACUACAACGCUAAAUGUUAUGAUAUUUUUGUCUUGUGUUAUUCUAUAAUGAGAUCACAUUGAGUUCAAAUGGCUCCGCUGUGUGUUCAGUAGGUUAACCAAAGCAGCAACUUCUGGUGACAUAGAACAUAGAAGAGUCAUGUUACACUGACUGUACAAUAGAUCCUCUCCCACAUAGGCUAUAUCAAAUAUGAUGCUAAUGCUAAAUCGUCACACUCACUAAUCCCAUUGUGUCCCAUAAAGCUGCUUUGAUCCCAACACAUAGUUACACGUGUGCCUAGUCAGGGAAAUCACCACAGGCACUGUCAUUUCAGAGUUAAACCCACAACAGAUGACAUGGCAAGUUAUAAUGAGUGUUUGUUGCCGUUGGCCAGUGUGUAAGUGAGCGUGCGUUUGUACACCGUUGUGAGAAGCCAGGUGGGCGUGUCUUAACCUAACCAUUUUCUUUGACAUAAUAUUGUCCAGCUAAAGGCUUGAGGAUAUUUACAGAGACGUGUGGCUUUGGAUGUGGAUUAUUUUAUCCUCAGGUGUAAAGGAUGACUCAAGUAUGCAUAGCCAGGGUGUGCUGUCAUGUCACUGCACACCAAGGAGUGAGUGAUUUGAAAUGCAGUCCCCAGAUAUCCCUGGGGAGAGGGAGAGAGACUGAGAGAGAGACUGAGAGAGAGAGAGACGAGGUCAGACAGGAGGGCUAUAAAAGCUCAGCCUCUUCACUGGAGCAUUAACUUAACAUGAGUGUGGCUAUGAGUGGAGAUUUGGGAUGCACAGCAGUCUGCUAAAACAUUAAAUAAGAACAAGUAUCCCGGGGAACAACAGCUUAAAGAGAUGUGGAAGUUCCAGGAAAGUUUGCUCUUCUUGUUCCUUCUCUGUUGCGUCUGCUCCGAGUGUCGGGUGCUGAAGUUUGUUGUCGCCGUGUUCCGCCAUGGUGAUCGAUCGCCCAUUGAGUCUUAUCCCAGAGAUCCUCAUGGAGAGGGAGUGUGGGCCCAGGGGUUCGGACAUUUGACUGAGCUGGGCAUGAAACAACAGUUUGAGCUGGGCAGGUUUCUGAGGAGGCGAUAUGGGAACUUUCUCAGUGAGGACUACAACAACAAAGAGUUGUAUGUGCGGAGCACUGACUACGACCGCACUCUGAUGAGCGCUCAGGCCUGUCUCGCUGGAUUGUUUCCCCCGACCAGACGGCCACCACCCAUCGUGCCCCAGUUGCUGUGGCGGCCUGUUCCAGUGCACACUGUCCCCCGGGCUCAGGACAAGCUGUUGAAGACUCCAGGCAAAGACUGUCCUAAGUUCAGAGCGUUGAUGACAGACACCUUUAAUAGCAAGCUGUACCAGAGGUUUCUGAGGACUCACCAGGUCUUUGUGCAGAGACUCUCCAACCACACAGGCUACCCCGUCUCUAAACUGAUUGGUAAAAAAAUAUGGCGGGUCUAUGACACACUUACCUGUCAGAGGAGGCAUAACUUGACACUCCCACACUGGGCCUCCCAAGAUGUUCUGGACACCUUGAAGGGAAUAGCCUCCUUUGAGGUCAUGUACGGCAUCGUCAGUCAUAAGAGGAAAGAGAAGGCCAGGCUCUCGGGAGGAGUCCUAUUGAGCGCCAUCCUGGGGAAUUUCUCCCGGAUUGUAGAGCAAGGCAGCCCUCUCAAGCUCAUCAUGUACUCGGCUCACGACUCGACACUCAUCACCCUCCAGGCAGCACUGGACGUCUACAAUGGCCUUCUUCCACCUUACGCUGCCUGUCAGCUCUUUGAGUUCUACCAGGAGUAUGAUGGAUCCUAUUCUCUGGAGCUUUACUACCGCAAUGACUCCUGGAGGGAAGCCUACAACAAUAAUUUGCCAGGAUGUAAAGGUCUGAGCCCCUGCCCUCUGUCCUUGUUCAACGAGCUGGUGCGGGACGUGGUGCCACAGGACUGGGAGGCUGAGUGUGGGUUCAGGGUAAAAUGGUCAGGCACAGGUGUCGUCACAGCUCUUGCCGUGGCUGUGGGUCUGCUGGCAGUGGCGCUGUUGUUCAGCAUAGGAGUUGCAAUCCACAGGAGGAGAGCACACUACUCCAGGGAGGUGUAAAUUCAAUGUGCCAAAAAAUACAGUUCCUGCUCCGCUUUAGAAGCAGCUUGCUUUUGUGUAUGUGUGUGUGUGUGUGUGUUACAUGUUCAUCAAUGGUAAUCAAAAUGAUUAAAUGUAGAAAUAAAAUGUCUUAGAAACCAAGAAUUGUUAAUGUCAGGCAUUGCUACAUUUUAUUAGAUUCACUAUUGACAGUGUGAACUCUACAUAGUGACAUUCACUGUUAUUCCACUGUUUGGUUCAUUUCACAUUCUUUGCUGUUCGGCUUCUCACUUCUUGUCCUGUUGUUCUGUGUAAACUGUGGGAAAAAAACAUGACAGAUGAUGAGUGUGUUGGGAAAAUGUGUGUAAAACAAUGCAUGACCAUAAAGUGUGCAUAAGGUAUACACAUAUAUACAUAUAUAUGUAUAUAUA